AGGUGUUGCUGCCUGCCUGGUUGGCAGCUGCUGGUAACGUUGCUUCCUGCGGCUCUCUGCGUGUGUGCUUUCAGAGGUGAGCUGCUGCUGCUGUUGCGGUGCACUCGGUUCCCUGCUCUGGGAAGAAGCGGCCGACGGAUUAUCCAGCUCGGCAACGUUAGCCCGUCGGCUAACGGUCAAGACAGCAUCAGAGGAGAGCCAUGAAAAGCCCCAGGAGACAGUGAAAGUUAGGCACGGCGUACCUCGGGUACUUUAAUGUGCGUAAAGCUCCCAAAAAGGGGGUCCAUUUAUCAUGCCGUCGUCCCAAGUGGAAACUUUUUGUAGAAUUUCUACGUAGAGGGAGGUUAGCUCAGGAGCUAGCAAAAGCUACAAACUAUAUUUAAUUGGCUUUCGCCUCAAUGGCUCUCGCUUGUUUUCCCCUGUCAUAGCGACGGCUUUGGGAAAUUGGGAGAGGCCCUGUGAACUUCAUGACAAACCAAAGUCUGGUGUUAAAGCGUAACUUCAGAAGACUUGACUGGCAAGGGAGCGAAAAUGAAGAAGCAGUUCAAUCGGAUGAAGCAACUCGCCAAUCAAACAGUUGGCAGAGCGGAGAAAACGGAAGUCCUCAGUGAUGACCUCCUACAGAUUGAACGGCGCAUGGAGUUGGUGCGCGUGGUGUCCCACAACACACACAAAAAGAUGGUGUCAUGCUUACAGGGACAUAUUGGUGCAGAUGCGGAGAAGAGACAUUCCGUACCACGCCUUUAUACAGGAAAUGGUCAGAAAAAGCUUCCUCUCACAUCGCUAUCCCAGGCAAUGGUGGAAGGAGGAAGCCAGCUGGGCGAAGACUCCUUGAUAGGGAAGAUGAUGGAAGUGUGUGGAGAAGCUGAGAAUCGUCUGGCGUCAGAGCUGAUGCAACAUGAGCUGCAGAUAGAGAAGGACGUUCUGGAUCCACUCAGCCAGCUUGCAGAGGUUGAAAUUCCCAACAUCCUAAAGCAGAGGAAACAGCUGGCCAAGAUGGUGCUGGACUAUGAUUCUGCCAGAGCGAGGUGGUUGCAGGCAACCAAAUCAAUAAUCUCAGGAACAAAUACACAAGCACUGACAGCAAAGGCUGAUCUACUCAAAGAGGAGGUGGAUGAAGCUAUGAACAAAGUGGAGCUUUGCAAGGAUCAACUUGCUGCAGACAUGUACAGUUUUUUCUCAAAAGAAGGCGACUAUGCCCACUACUUCAUCACUCUCUUAGAAGCUCAGGCUGAUUACCACAGAAAGUCUCUCACUGUUCUGGAGAGUGUCCUGCCAACCAUUCAGGCUCAGCAAGACUCAUGGAUGGAAAAGCCUGCAUUUGGCACUGGGUUGGAUGACCACCUGAAAAGGAGUGGAAGGGAGAUCGCUCUGCCACUAGAAGCCUGUGUCAUGAUGCUUUUAGAGACUGGCAUGAAGGAGGAGGGUUUAUUUAGGAUUGCAGCAGGGGCGUCCAAGCUAAAGAAGCUAAAGGCAGCAUUGGACUGUUCCACUUCACAACUGGAAGAGUUCUACUCUGAUCCCCAUGCUGUCGCUGGGGCACUGAAGUCCUACUUGAGGGAACUACCAGAACCUCUAAUGACCUACCAACUUUAUGAUGAAUGGAUCCAGGCAUCAAGUGUGUCAGACCCAGACAAACGGCUGCAGGCACUCUGGGUUGUUUGUGAUCAACUACCAAAGAGCAAUAAAACCAACUUAAGGUAUCUGGUAAAGUUUUUAGCCAAACUGGCUCAGGAGAGCGAAGUGAACAAAAUGACUCCUAGCAACAUUGCUAUUGUCCUGGGACCCAAUCUGCUUUGGGCCAAGACUGAAGGGAGUCUGGCGGAGAUGGCUGCAGCCACCUCUGUGCACGUGGUGGCCAUUGUUGAGCCCAUCAUUCAGCAUGCUGACUGGUUCUUUCCUGAGGAUGUGGAGUUCAACGUGUCUGGCAUGUUUGUAAUGCCCACACCUGCAUCCAACCACAAUAAUCACAUAGAUUAUGACUGCAGCACCAUUGAGAGGAAGAGACCUGGCAGUAUGGUGGGACCAGAGAAUGACACAACACGCAAAGACAACACCUCUAACAAGCACUCGGACCACACCCUUCGUAGAGGCAGUAACACCUUAGGUAGAAAGCAGCACACCUCACCUGCCUUCCAGCCUCCUUUACCCCCUGUUGAGGCUCAAGCGCUGGGACAUGUGGCUGGGCAGGUCGCUCAGCCCUUGGCCGAACCCCAGCUGCAAGCUCUACCAGGGGGUUCAGGGCCUGACACUUCCCAGCAUAGCUUGGCACAGAGUCUGGCUGCUCUCGCUGCUGCUCAGCAGCUUCUAGCCCAGCACACAGAGGAGCUCAGCAACCCAAGGCUGCGUGAUUCUACACCUGCUCCAACCCCUGUUUCUCAGAGGAAUGGCUCUGGAGGAACUGGCCCGGCUGCAGGGCAGCUAGGGACUGGAGCCUCCGGGACUGGAUCCAUGGGGCCGAGUCCACACAUGAUGCGCCGAGGUACCAAGAAACAGGCUCCUGCCCCACCCAAACCCACAAACCCUCCUCCCAGCCAGCCAUGUAACUCUGUGAACAACACCAGUUCCUCUGGCCCUUCCCAGUCUAUCAGCCCCACUCCCAGACCUCUGUCCAGCCACUCUCCCACCUCCCCCACCUCUACCACCUCACAGCCAUGCAUUACGCCCCGACGCCACUCCAGCAACCAGCCCCCAAUCCACGCCCCCAGCCAUCCACCUCCACAGCCCCCGACACAGGCCAGCCCUCCUCCGCCACAGCCUGUCUCUCUCAGCCAGCCCAGUGGGGACCAACAGGGCAUGGAGCCAUCACCUCCAGACACACCAACCCCUCCAGACACCCCUCCACCCUCAAAUGCCACCCAGGACGUUGUCGCUCCACCAUCGCCCUCCCCCUAUCAGUCAAGCACGCUUCCCCGGCAGCGGCCCGUACCCAAACCUCGGAACAGACCCAGCAUCCCGCCACCUCCUCAACCCACCACACCGAGCGGCGAGACAAACGGUAUCUGCACGUCCGCUUACAAGAUGAUGGACCCGGCUAUGUCAUUCAAGGGGCUGAGUCGAACUUUGAUCCCUGAGUUUGCUGUAGACCAGCAGCCAGUGAUGACCUCCUCUUCUUCUUCUUCCUCCUCCCUGCCUCAUCCCAAAGACUGUGACUUGGACACUGAGAGCACCGUCUUAUAAGAAGAUGACACUCUGUACCACUACUCCAGUACAUCUCCUCUUCUAAUGCACGCACCUCAUCUGUAGCCUUCGUCUGAAAGAUGAAUCUCUGAAGAAAGACUUCUGUGUGAAUGCUGCAGCUUCUGGCUCCCAUCAUGGAGGACACAGCGCCAUGGCAACACAAUAGGCACUUCAGCAGGAUUUGUGGCUUGAAAACCAAAGUAUGUGACCUAGCUAACAUAAGUAGCAACAUCACUUCACUUAAAUUGAGAUAGUUGGAUUCCAGAUCUUAAAAAGAAGUAGGAUAUGGAAGCUAAAAGUCAGCUGAUCUGUAAAGAAUUGAUUGGAAACAUUAAUUUUCAUAACCUACUGACCACAAAGGGCAUUUUCACUCUUUUGUAAUGAAAACAAUCCAAAUAAUUGAUUUGUAGUCCUUGUUGUAAUCCAUCUGAUGUCCGUUGAGAGACAGAUGUGUAACAGAUCCGUCAUCAUUAGGGGAGUUAUUUACAAAGGGGUUCUUCUCCGUGAUGGCACAAAGUGCAGUUUGUGAUGCAAAGCUGCAACGCUUCAACACAAGCCGCCUCCUCCAUCUUCAUUCUGCUUGCAAAAGAGGCUGCAGACAAUCGAUGACAAGAAGCAGAGUCCGAUGACUGCCGCUUGGGUAGUCAGGUAGCCCCAAACGACUGACUUUGAAAUCUGGUUUGAGGUGUUCCUUUUUUUUCUUUUCUUUUUCUCUUUAUAAUAUGUUUAAAAAUGGCCUUAGAAAAGGAAACAAAGAUGGGAAGGGAAAAGUCAGCAGGUGAAGUAGAAACCAAAACAGUUGCUUAAAGUGUAGCUGGUGACUGCAGGUUUCCAGUCAUCUCCAACACUUGAUUUAGCCCCUUUUCCUCUUUUUCCUCUUAUGUCUGCUCCAUCGUUUUUCUCUUUUCACUCUUGUAUUUAUUUACCUGUUAGAGGAAAAAAAAAUCACAUACAUUCCCUGUGGCUUGACAUAAUUAUUGCAGUCUUUAAAUGUAAAACAUGCCUUACCGGUUCCUCCCAGAACUGCAAAAUAAGCAUUUAAUAUAUUUACUGUACGGAGGAUAUACUUAGCUCCUAAUACUACUGUAUUUCUAAGAGGUUGUCAUGGGAACAGUUGUGUUUUAAGGAUGCGAGAAAGGCAGUUGGAUCCUCUGCGAUAUAAAUGGUGGAUGGUUUGUGUAUUGCUCCGUAAAAGUGUUUAUUUAAAUGUGUUUUGCUUGAUGUCUCUGGGUUUUUUAAGCAGAAGUAGCAGGGUUGACCAACCUUUCAGUAGACAGUAUUUUGCCUUUCUGUUCAUUUAUCUCAGUGUUUUCUCCGGUGUUUGCCGAGGCGUUACACACCACAGGUUAUGUGUGAGUGAAUGUAGAGAAAGGACAGUUUUUUUUUUUAUUAUUAUUAUUACCAACAUCUUCAGUCUGAGCUUAAAGAUGCAGAAACAGCUGAUGUUGCACUUGCCCACAUUCAGUGAGGGCUUUCUUGUGAACUGGUUGGGUUGUUUUUGUUUUAUAGAUAUUUGUUUUUCUCUUUCCCACUGAGCUGAGAGCACAUGCUGUCGUGAAAUCUCAGUAGUGACGUGGUGUGAGAUUUAGCUAAUUCAGAGGAUUUUAAAGAAUUGCUUUAUUGCAUUUGCUUUGUUUGGCCUCAGACACAAACAAGAGUUCGGUUCAGUUGAGAGGAACCGAGCUGAUAUGGUACCAAUGGAAUAAGUCUCAGAUGCUGCAGUUGCCUCGAAAAUGAGUCGAGUUGUGUUUUUCAGAGACAAAGUAUAAGAAUCCCCUCAUUUCUAUAUUUGCUCCUGUACCUCACUGCCUUAUCCCUGUGCAUCAUGGGAACUUGUUUUUUUUAUGCUCUCCCAGAGAAAUGCUAUUAAACAAAUAAUAAUGCUGCAUUUUCAAGCUCUGUAGUUUUGUAUGUAUGCUGUCUGGUGAGCUUAAAAAUGGAAUAUAACCUGUAAUAUGAAGCUUGGUUAUACCCCUUUUCCAAAGAGAAUAAAGUAUAUGAAGAAACUA